AUGCUUAGCAAUCACGCCGUGUCGACCGUGACAUAACUUUUAUUUUACUGCGUGCGUUUUAUAUUAAGUAAUAUAAGUAACAUAAAAUCAGUUAUACGAUUAGUGAAAGUGACAAACACAGAAUAUAAAAUCAGUUAUACGAUUAGUGAAGUGACAAACACAGGCCUUGAAUCUAUAAAAUGCCACCACAUUGGAUGUGUUUCCUUCUUCUUGUGGUGCCAAGUGGAGCCUUGAGGGUAUUAGUGGUGUUUCCAUUCACGUCUCCAAGCCAUAAUUUGCUGGGACGAUCAGUCGUCAGACAUCUCUUAGAUGCGAAUCAUGAGGUUGUCCAUAUCACAUCAUUUCCUUACAAAACGGCAAAAGAAAAUCUAACCGAAAUCAGUAUCGAGGCUUUAGGGGCACAAAUUUUGGAAGAAAUAGAAAAUGCUCGAGUUUAUUCUGUGAAAAAUUUGGUUGGUCAUAAAAACGACUUUAAUGCCAUCAAAAAGUUGUAUUUCCCUUACGACUUCCACAAACGUACCUUGGACAAUGAGAACAUGACAAAGUUCCUGUCCGACCCGCGAGAGAAAUUCGACGUGGUUCUGAUAGAAUGGUUCUUCUCUGAUCUGUUUGCUGGCAUCCCCCCAUUGUUCCAGUGUCCGUUUAUUUGGAUGGCUUCAACGGAUGCGCAUUGGCAAGUCCUUAGUUUGGUAGGAGAAGUGCCGAACCCUGCUUACACCCCGGACAUCUUCGACUUAUCCCCAACAGCAAGCCUGUGGGAUAGAGUAUGCUCCCUUGCAUAUUUUGUAAAGAAAUAUUUUUUAUCUAAAAUAUUUUUCGCUACUCUUGAAAAAUCAACUUACAACGCCGUCUAUCCAAGCAUAGCGGUUAAAAGAGGAGUGUCUAUGCCUUCGUAUGAAGAUGCCGUGUACAACGCAUCGAUGCUCUUCAUAAACUCUCACCCAGCCUUGGGGAUGCCCCACAAUAUACCACUGAACGCCAAAUAUAUUGGGGGAUAUCAUAUGGAUACUGAUUUAAAAUCAAUGCCAACGCAUUUACAAAACAUAAUGGACAAUGCUAAUCACGGAGUCAUAUACUUCAGUUUGGGCACUAACUUGGAAAGCAGGUUAAUGUCUGGAGACAUGAUCAGUUCCUUGCUAACGAUGUUCUCGAAACUAAAACAAGCUGUGAUAUGGAAAUUUGAGGAACACCUAAAAAAUGUGCCUAAAAAUGUCUAUUUGGCGAGAUGGGCGCCCCAGCUGAAUAUUUUAGCUCAUCCCAAUUUGAAAAUCUUCAUAACACACAGUGGUCGAAUGUCUUUGACGGAGGCUGUACAUUACGGUGUACCAGUCAUAGGUAUACCAAUGUACGCAGACCAAUUUCUGAAUAUCAAAGCCUGUGUUAAGAAGCAUGUGGGCCUAGAAGUGACAUUGAAGGAAAAUUUGGCUGACGACCUGAUGGAUGCUAUUACAGAAAUUCUCAAUAAUCGGACAUAUACGGACAAAGCUCUAGAACUAUCUAUGACUUACAACCACAGACCUCUUACUCCUGGACAAGAAUUAGUUUACUGGGCAGAGCAUACAGUCAUAUCCAAGGGCGCUAGGCAUUUGAGGCCUACAACCCAAGAGGUGUUCCUGUACCAAAAAUCGUAUAUAGAUUUAAUUUUAGUCGUUAUAUUUAUUGGAAGUUUCAUAUGUUUUGUAUGUAGCUUCAUUAGAAAGAAACUCAAUACUGUGAAGGAAAAACGAAAUUGAUAUAUUUUUUAAUAUCUGCGUAAAAUAACUUAAAGUGAAAAUAAAAAGACAAAAUUUUGGAAACAAGUACGCCAUAUCUCUUCUCUUAUAAUUAAACUUCAUGAAAUUUUUGUAAUAAUAUGAAGUUAUGUCGUAUAAAAUUACUCCCACGGAAGAAAAGCUUACCGUAUUAUCAAAAUCAUUGUUUACCCAUUAUUUUUAUUUUUGUGGAAGCUAUUCUGGUUUUAACACUAAUCGCUUACUUGUUAAAAGUAAACACACGCAUGCGUUAACACAUUUUAUUAAAUCAUAGUUUUACAUUGUUAAUUUUAUAAAUUAGGUAUAUGUUUAAAUAAUCUAUUUAAUAUAAUACUUCAACAUUUAAUACUUAACUGAUUAAAUUAUACUAUAUGAGAAAAGAAUAAAAGCAGAUCAGCAAUAAAAAUAUAUGUGAAAAAUCAAAUUUUAGUAGCAAAUAACAAUUUUACAAAUAGAUACAUACUAGCUCUUGCUCGGGGCUUCCUUCUUUGAGAAUUUUAUCGAAAUCCAAGUUUCUGCUGUUUUUGACAGAGUCAAGAGCCAUUUUUCCCUUUUACUUAGAUACAAGUUAAAUA